UUAGGAGGAGAGGGGAGUGAGGAGCAGCUCCGGAGCGAAGGAGUAAAAAUACUCCCUCUGUUGCCACAAAUAGACUUUGGACAAAGUGUCGUGCGCGAGAAGGAGCUGCGCGCGCGCCUUUUCUGACGGAACUUCAAAGUGUUUUGGACUGAACCGAGCCUGGAGAGGAGAAGGAGCUCAGGACGGAGCGGAGAAGACCAAAGAGGAGGAACCUGGACCUCAGAACCGAACCCGAGAUGUGCUGAUGGAGUCGGUCCGUGACCCGAGCCGAACCAUGCAGGUCUGCAGAUGGACGGUUCUGACCCUGUGGCUCCUCUGGGGGCCCAGCUGCGCCGGACAGCUGGCAGAUUUAAAGUUUGAACGGAGCCCGAGCACCGUGGUCUCGUCGCUGGGCAAACCCGUCUCGAUGCGCUGCGAUCUGAAGGGUACCGGGGCCGAGGAGGUGGACCCCCCCGACGUGGUCUGGCUGAGAGACGGGGUUCCCCUUCUGUAUGCGGACACCAACCAGGUCCAAGUCCCCACGGGCAGAAACAGCUGGACCGUCACGAGCACGCUCAGGAUCGAGAAGGUCCAGCUCUCUGACAUGGGCUCCUAUAGAUGUGCCGUCCUCUCAGGGAACAACCGGACCUUGUCCGAGGAGGGGAGCAUCCAGCUGGAAGGCCUUCCUCAUUUCUCCAUGGAGCCCCGCCACAUGUCCGUGGUGGCCAACGUCUCGCUGAGCCUCAGCUGCGUGGCCCACGGGCCUCCGGAGCCGGUCAGAGUCAUUUGGCUGCAGGACGGAGCGCCGCUCAACAAACUGACUGAUCCGGUGGCUCUGUCCCCGUCCAAACUCAACCUCACAGGUCUGAACCGGAGCAGCACCUUCUCCUGUGAAGCUCAUAACCAUAAAGGUGUGGCCACCUCCGGUUCUGGUACCGUCACUGUCCUCCCCUCCCCGCCUCAGAACCUGCGAGUCGUGGAGAUCAAUCAGACCGCGCUCCGGUUGUCAUGGCAACCCGGGUUUGGAGGAGAGUACCCGAUAAUCCACUGCUUUGUUCAGGCCAAGACAGGCGGGUCCAGUCCAGAUAAGAUGAUCCACAACCAGAGUGUGAGUGUCCCGCCAGCCGUCCACCUCAUCGGGGACCUGGAGCCCCACAGCCGGUACGCCGUCAGGGUGGCCUGCCUCACCAACCAGGGCCCAUCGGACUGGACGCCGUGGGCGGAGCUACGCACUGAAGAAGGCGUGCCAGAGAACCCACCGGUUAACGUGACGGCUAAACCAAAUGGGACGGAGGUUCUGGUGAUGUGGGCGGAGCCUCCGGGGAAGCUGAACGGAGAACUUCAGGGCUACAUGGUGGAGUACAGCACGCCCGGCACGCCCCAGCUUGUGGCUGAUGCUGGAUUAGACACUGAGCUGUCAAUCAAUCUGUCCGUCCCCCUGUCCAACGUGUCUUUUCGAGUCUGUGCCUACACGGGGGCAGGACAAGGACCCUGGACCCCCACACAGACCCUGGUCCUCAUUUCACCAGAAACUGGAAAAUUUCAAGGUUCGUCCACCCCUCUGGCCUUCUCCUGGCACUGGUGGUACGUGGUGAUGGCCAUCGCCGGCGCCGUGGCCCUCGCCGUGCUCCUGGCUGUUUACGUGGCCAAGCUGCGGCGCAAAGAGACGCGCUUCGGAGAAGCGUUUGAGCCCAUGAUGGAGAGAGGGGAGCUGGUGGUCCGGUACCGAGCCCGUCGCAGCUACAGCCGCAGGACAACCGAAGCAACAUUGAACAGCCUGGGCAUCAGCGACGAGCUGAAACAGAAACUCCAGGACGUGAUGGUGGACCGACACAAACUCACUCUGGGGAAGACUCUGGGAGAAGGGGAGUUCGGCUCGGUGAUGGAGGGGCUGCUGACUCAGGAGGAGUUCGUGCUCAAAGUUGCUGUGAAGACGAUGAAAAUCGCCAUCUGCACGCGCUCAGAGAUGGAGGACUUCCUGCGUGAAGCUGCCUGCAUGAAGGAGUUCGACCACCCCAACGUCAUGAGGCUUCUGGGCGUGUGUCUGCAGACGGUGGAGAGCGAGGGUUACCCGUCGCCCGUGGUCAUCCUGCCCUACAUGAAGCACGGAGACCUGCACAGCUACCUGCUGUACUCCAGGCUCGGGGACAGUCCUGUGUUCCUCCCGUCCCAGAUGCUGGUGAAGUUCAUGACGGACAUCGCCCGAGGGAUGGAGUACCUCAGCAGCAAGAACUUCAUCCACAGAGACCUGGCUGCUCGCAACUGCAUGCUGGAUGAGAACAUGAACGUCUGCGUGGCCGACUUCGGCCUCUCCAAGAAGAUCUACAACGGGGACUACUACAGGCAAGGCCGGAUCUCCAAGAUGCCCGUGAAAUGGAUCGCCAUCGAGAGCUUAGCCGAUCGGGUUUACACCGCCAAGAGCGACGUGUGGUCGUUUGGCGUCACCAUGUGGGAGAUCGCCACGCGGGGGCAGACGCCGUACCCCGGAGUGGAGAACAGCGAGAUUUACGACUAUCUGAGACAAGGAAACCGUCUCAAACAGCCCCCGGACUGCCUGGACUCCAUCUACUCCUUGAUGUUCUCCUGCUGGCUGCUGAGUCCCAAGGACCGCCCAUCCUUCGAGACUCUGUGCUACGAGCUGGAAAAGGCCCUCGAGGACCUGCCGGAUGCUCAGGACCCAGAUGAGAUCCUUUACGUCAACAUGGACGAAUCUCCCAUGGACCUUGGGGCCGUGGGCGGCCGCGACCCCAUCAGAGGUUCGUCACCUCUCUUCCUGAAGGGACUGGAGUCCGUGACCACGGCCGAAGUCCACCAGCCCAACCGCUACGUCCUCUGUCCGCAGCAUGAGACCAACCGAACCCUCUGCGAGUCCCUGGAGAGCCUGGACAUGCCGGUGUCGUCCUCCACGGCCACGCUGCCUCUGCAGCCGUCCCGCCACGACACUCCCAACCGCACCCCGACCUCCGAGCUGCUGGAGGACCUGGAUGGGUCAGGAAAAAUGCCCUGGCAGUGAACAAUGAACUCUUAACAGAAACCACUGCCAACAUGUUCUGUCCAAGUCCAGGAACAAGACCAAGAGUCCUCCAGAGUCCUGCAGAGUGUUGCUACUGACUGCAAGAAGCGUUGUGCCUCACCAAACAUGUUUUUGCACAAAG